AUGGCGCUCCAGCAGCUCUCCACAGAGGUGUGCAUCAUCGGGAGCGGCCCAGCCGCCCACACGGCGGCGAUCUACGCGGCGCGCGCGGAGUUGAAGCCCAUCCUGUUUGAGGGUUUCUUGGCCAACGGCAUCGCGGCCGGCGGGCAGCUGACGACCACCACGGGUGCGCACGCCACUUGGGGCGGGCAGCAGCUGCAACAGCAGCAGCAGCAGCAGCAGCAGCAGCAGCAGCAGCAGCAGCAGCAGCAGCAGCAGCAGCAGCAGCAGCAGCAGCAGCAGCAGAAGGGCUAUGACCAUGAGAAACCGCUUGGCCUCCACGCUGCUGUGGCCAAGGCUGCCCAUGCCCCGGCUGACAUGGGGCACGCCGUUGAUGUCGAGAACUUCCCCGGCUUCCCAGAGGGCAUCCUGGGCGUCGAGCUGACCGGCCGCAUGCGGGAGCAGAGCGAGCGCUGCGGGGCGGCCAUCUACACCGAGACUGUCGCCAAGGUCGACCUCAGCAAGCGGCCCUUCAAGGUGUGGACGGACGAGAAGGAGGUGACCGCCCAGACGGUGAUCAUCGCCACAGGCGCAGUGGCCAAGAGGCUGCCCUUCAAGGGAUCCGACGAGGACAAUGGCUACUGGAACAGGGGCAUCAGUGCCUGCGCCGUGUGCGAUGGCGCCGCCCCCAUCUUCCGCAACAAGCCGAUUGCGGUGAUUGGGGGCGGCGACAGUGCCAUGGAGGAGGCCACCUUCCUGACCAAGUGA